AUGCGCAGGGAUGUCGGGACCGCGCCGGUGCUCCCGCCUCCCUCCCGCACAGCUCCGUCUGCCGGGCGCGCCCCGCCACUGCCGCCGCCCAUCACCCGGCCUCGGGGCGCCGGCACCGCCGGGGCUGUGGCUGUUGCUGAGGGUCCCGAGGCGAGUCUCGACUGUUCAAUGCCCGGUGUCCUGGAGUCCUGCUGCUCCCACCUCCCUGCCAAGAGAGAGGUUUCAUCCCAGUUAGCUCAAGUCACAGGAGGAGUCAGGACUGGGAAGCUGCUCCUCUCCCCCUCUCCCGCUCUGGGGGAAGCUGCAUGGCAGUGCCAGGGCCCCCUACCCCCUGAAUUGCACAAAGCAGCAACACCCGGAAGAGGAAGCAGGAGGGAGAUACCCGCUGCCACCCCGAGGCUCAGCCCCCGGAGGGAUUUAAGCACCGCCACCCUGAGCAGCCCCAGCAGUGGUAACAGUGGCCUGCUCUGCACCACCAUGGUCGUGGCUGGGCUCUUCAUCAUCAGCCUGGGAGGCUCCAUCCUGCUCCCAGCACUGGCCCCAGCAGGCACCCAGGGGAGCCGGAUCAUCGGGGGAAAGGCAGCAGUACCCCACUCCCGGCCCUUCAUCGCCUCCAUUCAGAUGGAUGGGGAGCACAUCUGCGGGGGCUUUCUUGUGUGGCCCAAGUGGGUGAUGACAGCUGCCCACUGCCUCAUUCCCAGGAACAGCCCCUCGGUGCGUGUGGUGCUGGGUGCCCACCGGCUGGAGGAGCCCGAGGCGUCCCAGCAGGUCUUCACCGUGGUUGAGUCCAUCGCCCACCCGCGCUACAACCCCCGCGCCGUGGACAACGACAUCCGCCUGCUCCGGCUGAACGGGUCGGCCACACUGAACGAGUACGUGAAGCGGAUCCGCCUGCCUUCGCCACACAUCGACCUGAAGCCGGGCACCGUCUGCUGCGUGGUGGGCUGGGGGGACACCUCCAACUACGGCGACCGGCCCGCCGAGCUGAUGGAGACCAACACCACCAUCGUCAAGCGCAGCCUGUGCCGGGCGCUGUGGAGGGGCAAGGUCUCGGCCAACAUGCUGUGCGGGGCCAGCCGCAACGCCACCCUGCAGGGCGUCUGUGCCGGUGACUCCGGGGGACCCCUGAUCUUCAAGGAAAAGGUUUAUGGUAUUGUCUCAUUCUCUGGGAAGAGAUGUGGGGACCGCCGGUUCCCCGACAUCUACACCAAGAUCUCCAACUACAUUGACUGGGUGCAUCGCACUGUGCGAGGGCCCCGCCAUCAGAAGGGGAGGCCAAAGCCCUAACAUGGCUGGGAGGGGGUCCUGGAGGCGGGCUAUGGGGAGAGGGGCUCAGAUGUCUCUCAGGAGGUGAGAAUAGGGCCAGAACUCCCACGUCCUCCAGCUCUGGUGGGGGCUGGGAGCUGA